CGGCCUGAAGAGCGGUGUUUAGGGAGCCCGUGAAAGCGUAACCGAAUCCUGAUCUUUUUGUCGCCACUCCACGAGGACCUGAGCCAUUCCUUGGUUCUCCGACAAACAGUCCAUCGGUCCCUCCAUCGAAUUCCUGCCGCAGCCCCCAGUUUCAUUUCCGAGAAAUGAUCUGGCCCAAUAAUGGAGCGGGAAAAAUUUUGACCAUGACUUGUGACUCCCACUUUUCGGAGACUUUGUAUUCGUGAAAAUGUGACACUUUCGGAAUAUGGAUCAGAGCAAGCUAUUUUUCUGGACCGUGGCCAUCUACUCGUUUUUUCUGUGCAGUCCACAUUUCGGCAAUGCUCAACAUCGCGGUGCUCCUAAAGUAGAAUCUCAGCAAACCAAUGGUGGAUUUACCGAUCAAAAACCUGCCGGCGCUGAUUCCCCACCACACAGAAAGAGGCGUUACCUGACAUUCAACAAUGAUCAGAGCAAUAUUAGAGUAGAAAUGGUAUUUGCAGUGCCAGUUUUGGCCAUUCCUAUUGGAGGUAAAGACUCUUCUGACGAAGUGCCAACGUUUCCAACAAUCGACAUUAACACUAAAUCAAUUCUAGCCACUGGAGUCAUUAUGUUUAUGCUCUUCUUCAUUAUUCCCACUUUGGUCCGGCUCUACUUCCCGAUGCCAAGUUCAGACAGCUCUUCUGGUGGUCAUGGUCGCUCCUACACACGAUCAGGACGAGAAGAUAUAUUCCAGCUCUUAUCGCGCUUUGAAGAAACUAUGAAAAACUUCAACAUCGAUUCUGGGCAGUGCAGUCAAAAAGUAGUUUGCUGGAUGGUUUCGAAUGCAGCCAAUAGAGUGUCUGCGUCUAAAGCCACCAGCUUCGAUAAGAUCAUUGAUGGCAUCUCGAGUUUCAGUUGGGUGCAGUACAUGCUGGAAGACUCACCUUACGGCGAAGCACUCAGCCUCGGGCAAAAUAGAGAUUGUGACUACUACAACAAUAAAUGCUCCAUCACAUCAAAUAAACUCACGGUUGCUGCUAACUCUUUGUUGAAUGCUAUCAAAAAGUCAAAACGCGAAGAAUCAGCACGGAAUCCAUCACCGUAGAUUCGGUUUUUCUCGAAAAGUUUUCUCACGUUUAGAAAUUUUCAUUAGUGCGCUUUCCUCUGGAAGCAGAGACGGAGCGUAUUUUGAAAAUGUCCAAUAACUCUGUUUAUGACUCCGAUCGACAUUCAGAACUUGUGUCCCAAUUUUAUGAUGUACUGCCUCUUUUUACGAAAUUUUUAGUGAAAAAUGUCACAAAAUCUUUAUGAAAGCCGCCUAUUUUUACCUGUGCAGUUAUGAGUUGAUUUAGUGAGACUUGUGUUCAACUAAUUUAUAUUUGCCUUUUAGUCUCACUGACACUUUACCCUCCUAAAAAUAUAUUUAUUAAAAGUGUCAUAUAUUUCGUUAACUGCUGCUUUUAUUGUCUACGCGACAGAGGC